AUGAGAACCUUGGCUUUGCUGUUUGUACUUUUCCUAUCGCCAAUAUAUUGUUCUGCUGGAUAUUAUAAUGGUGCAAAAUGGCAUUGUGGGAUCAAUCGGUUGACAGAAACAAUUUCGGAGUGGCUGGCAAAACCAUUUGAUUAUCACGGAGUGAACCAGUGCUGUCAUGCUCACGAUGAACAUUACUAUCAUCACACACUUUCUAGGGAAGAUGCGGAUAGAGUGUUCUGUGACUGUUUGGACCAAAACACUAACUGGUUUGUCCGCAACCUAGUCGAGCCAAUUUUCUGCAAAUCCGUUCAAACGUAUGCAAUUUGGCAAAAAUUCACAAAUCAGGAUCCUUGGUCGGCUCCCUAUACAACAGAAGCUCCUACUACGACUACUCAGUCUACACUAAAUUACUACUUGGAGCUUCUCCGUCAACGUGAAAGAGAAUAUGAAUUAAGGCAGCAGGAAGAAGCGAGAAGACGAGAAGAGAUGGAAAGAGAGAAUGAGAAGUUCCGGCAGGAAUGGAAUCUUUUCCAACAACUUAGAAAGCAAAAAGCAAAGUUUGAAUGGAACUACUAA